AAUUUUUUUCAUCUUCUUCUUUUUUAACAAUUUAUGCAUAUAUGCUAAUAUCACAAGAAUUGUUAUUAUGUUUAUUUUCAGUUAUUUGGCUCAGGUUUGUGGAUAUGUUGGGAUUUAUUAUAGCUCAUCAACACUUGCUACAGCUAUGCGUAAUCUUGUUCCUGGUUUUACCUUCAUUCUUGCUGUUCUUUUUAGAAUGGAACAAUUAGAUUGGAGAAGCUCUAGCAGCUUAGCUAAAUCAUUGGGAACAAUAGUAUCAAUUGCUGGUGCUUUAAUUGCAAUUUUAUACAAGGGUGCUGCAAUUCUGAAGGUACUGUCGCCUGCAAACUUAUCUCAGCAGCCACUUUCCUCACAAGAUUUUAAUUGGAUACUCGGAGGAUUAUUUCUUGCCGCUGAUUGUGUGAUGGCUUCACCAUUUACUAUAAUACAGGCUACUGUUCUUAAGAAAUAUCCAGCAGAGUUGAUUUUUGUAUUCUUUUAUUGUUUCUUUGUUGCCAUUCUCUCUGGUGUCACCUGUUUGAUUAUGGAAAGAGACAUCGGUGCUUGGAGCUUGGAACCCAAGCUAAGGUUGCUAUCAGUUUUAUACUCGGGAAUCUUUGGUUCUGUAGUUCACGUUGGUGUUACUGCUUGGUGUUUGCGCCAGACAGGACCUGUUUUUGUUUCCAUGUUCAAGCCCAUAGGAAUUGUCAUAUCGGUGGUUAUAGGCGUUGUCUUCCUCAGUGAUGCAUUCUAUCUUGGAAGUUUGAUUGGUGCUACUGCUAUUGUUAUUGGGUUUUAUUCUGUAUUGUGGGGUAAAUCCAAAGAUAUUGAAGCCACAAGCUUGGAAUCAAGCGGCAACCAGACCCCCCUUUUGAAGGAAAACAUCACUCAAGACAUAUAGUAGGGUGGCAUGAUUGUAGUACUAUAGAAGUGUUGAUACUAUACAUAUAUUUGUUUCAUGUAAGCAAACUUUUAUUUGAUAGAACAAGGUGUAUCUUGAUUAAGAAAUUCAUGUUACACAUAAUUUUUUGUUAGAAUCCUUAUAACUGCUAAACUUGUAUUCUUGUGUUGUAAUAAUAGCAGAAUUUGUUUGCCUAAGUAGAUGAGAUCAAAAUUCAUGUAUUGAACAUGUCUUCUGUGAGGCAAACAUACUGAAGUGCUGACUGCCUAGCCAACAUUGGCCACCGUA